UGAGUAACCUUAUCCGCUGCUGGAGGAGAGAGUCAAGAGACCCAGCCAGCGCUCUCCCCUCCAGCAUUUUGCGGACGACACCUUCGGGAAGGGGCGCGGAGAAGAAGGCGCGACUCCAUUUCAGCCCGCCUGCGAUUUGGAACGCGGGAGAGUUCCCAACUUGGGAGACGGACCAGGAAGCUCAAGUUAACUCUGAAACCGAAGAACUUCGGAAGGGUCAACCCCAAAUGUUCAAAACAAAAAAGCUUCCUUCAAAACUCAGCAUCCUGGUCUCCAAGCAAAAGGGAAGAUGGCACCAACCUUGCAGCAGGCCUACCACCGACGCUGGUGGAUGGCCUGCACUGCAGUGGUGGAAAAUCUCUUCUUCUCAGCUGUUCUGCUGGGCUGGGGCUCGCUGCUCAUCAUGCUCAAACACGAGGGAUUCUACUCAUAUGUGUGCAUAGGUGAUAACAGCACCAACGACUCCAUCACGGCUGACUUUUACCCAAGCUGUGUGGAACAGGAGGAAAUGCUCAACCUGGGUUUCACCAUUGGUUCCUUUCUGCUGAGUGCUACCACCUUGCCUCUUGGAAUACUGAUGGACCGAUUUGGCCCUAGGCCACUCCGCCUGGUUGGCAGUGCCAGUUUUGCUGUUUCCUGUGCUCUCAUGGCUCUGGCUGCUUACAACACAUCAGUUCUUUCCCCACUGAUUUUUCUUGGCCUUUCCCUGAACGGCUUUGGUGGGAUCUGCCUGACCUUCACCUCCCUAACUCUGCCCAACAUGUUUGGGAAUCUGCGCUCAACCUUUAUGGCACUCAUGAUUGGGUCAUAUGCGUCAUCAGCUGUUACCUUUCCUGGUGUCAAGCUUAUCUAUGACAUUGGAGUUUCCUUUAUCACCAUCAUGCUUUUCUGGUCCAGUCUGGCUUGCCUCCUCUUUCUCAACUGUUUGAUCAACUGGCCAAAGGAGUCCUUCCCAGCUCCUGAAGAAGCCAACUACACGAAGAAGAUCAAACUGAGCAGUCUAGCCCUUGAUCACAGAGUCACAGGUGACCGAUUCUACAUGCACGUGAAGGUUGUGGGGCAGCGGCUGAGCCAGAAAGCUCCACAUCUGGAUGGGAGCAAGGAAGAGCACUACCCGUCCAUUCAGGAUCUCCACAAUGAGGCCACAGAGUCUUCCCAGGCUGCAGGAACCAUCCCCUUCCGCCGUAGUGUCUGCUCUCCCAUCUUUCUGUGGAGUCUGAUUACAAUGGGCAUGACCCAGCUACGCAUCAUCUUCUACAUGGCAGCCAUGAACAAGAUGCUGGAGUUCCAGGUGACAGGUGGCGAAGAACAUGUAUCAGCUGAGCUGAGGAAUGAAGCUGAAGAAACAGUCAGCUUCUACUCAUCCAUCUUUGGUGUCAUGCAGCUACUAUGCCUGCUCACCUGCCCUCUCAUUGGUUAUGUGAUGGACUGGCGAAUAAAGGACUGCAUAGAUGGGCCAAGGAAUAUGGAUGCUGCUGAAAACACUAGAAAAGUGGUGAAAGGAAAACCACCCAAAGUUCGCUACCGUAAGAUCCAGAAACUCACGAAUGCUAUCCGGGCUUUUGUCAUUACCAAUCUGCUGCUAGUGGGGUUUGGUAUUACUUGCCUGAUCAACAACCUCCCUCUACAGUAUGUGACCUUCAUCUUUCACACUGUGGUGCGUGGCUUUUUCCAUUCUGCCUGUGGAGGACUUUAUGCUGCUGUGUAUCCAUCCAAUCACUUUGGGACAUUGACCGGUUUACAGUCGAUGAUCAGUGCUGUGUUUGCUCUUCUCCAGCAGCCACUCUUCAUGGCAAUGGUGGGACCACUACAUGGUGAUCCCUUUUGGGUGAACCUCACCCUUCUCAUCUUCUCUUUUGCGGGCUUCCUGCUCCCCUGCUACCUCUAUUACUUCCGCCACAAGGUUCUCCAGGAUGAAGCUACAAAAGAAGGGGCUCUAGAUCAGGCGAAUGGUACAUCAGUGAAACUCCAGGAUGGUGCAGCUGCCAAUGGCUUGUUGAGCAGCAAUUCUACCACUGCAUAAGUCAGGGACAGGAAAUGUGGGGAACUUGUGGCUGACAGAGAAUGGAAUCCAAGUGCCUAGCAGAUGGUGUGAGAUGCUGUUGGUGAGGUGCAGGGAAAUAUACUGUGAGAAUUUUAUACUUGGAACUAUGAAAAUAACCAAGGUGCUUUUAAUUCUCAACAAAUGAAUAUCUAUAUUUAUAUGUAUCUAUGGUUUAUAUAUAAAAAGGAAGAGAACUCUAUUUUUACAGAGUAUUUUAAACAGCCUUAUGACUGUUUAAAUAGGUGGUUAGGACAUCGAUCAGUGAGCAUCAGCGACCUGGAAUAUGUCUCGUUUAUAAAAAGGUCUCUUGUAAAGAGGUGUCUACAACUAGCUCACAGUACUUAAACAGCACUUUCCAAUCAUAGCCUCAGCGUCCAGUGUUGUUAGGGUGAGGGGUGAGCAAGUUACCUUUAUCAUUCUCUUCUUCUCUGUAUGGCAGUCAUUACAGCUAAAGCCAGGGGAUGAGCUGAACACAGAGAACUCCCGAUGAAAUGUUUUCUGUCAGCUGACCCUAGUGAGUCACAGAUGUUUCCUCUGCUUGCUUGUAUCCUGGCAGCUGAUUGAAAAACUAGAUGUGAUAUUAGGACAUUGUUUAACUGGUAAUUCUGAAAGUCCAGCCUUCCCUUCUCCUUUUCCAAGCUUCUUUUUAUAAAACUGUCUCCUCAAAAAUAGCCUCACAAAAAAUGAAGCCCUGACAGCUUCUUAGAUUUUUUUUCACAGGGUUGGACUCCUGUCUAAGCAGAAAUUAUGAUAGGAGCUGCUAAGUGACAGAACCAAAACAAACAAACAAAACAAACUGGCAGGUUUUAAUCUGAUCCAAGUAAUAUUGAUUCAACAGGAUUUGCAUACGGGAGAACGGACCUUCCAUUUUGAAUUAUCUUCCUUGGAUUGAAUCCUUGCAUAAAGGAAAUGUUGUUGUUGCCUGCUAGAAAUGAAUUAGCUUUUACAUUAUGUAGCCUGACCCCAAAGAAAUAACUUACUUGUAAAUUUAUAUGCUGCCUUUCCACUGGAAACUGUCCCUAAGGGACUUUACAGUAAAACCCUACACUGUA